CUUUGAUCCAGACUGGGGAUACAUUAGAGAGUUCAUUCACAUUUGUGUACGCUCGUGUUUUCAACAAGGGACGUUUACGCUCCAUAAUAAGACUAACAUUUAUGUAAGUAAGAAGGUGGAAUGUAUGAGUGAGAGGGACGGAGCAGCACUGAGAACUUAUCUGAAACUGUGCACGGUUACAGGUUUCGACACGCAUCAAGACUUUCAUUUAUAAAAACUGCUGUUGCUCAGGCAGGAGCAAAUUUAAGCAGCGAGUAGGAGGAACAUUACUAUUACAACUACUACUAUUACUAUUUACUCCCACCACUUCCAGAGAGCCAUAAUGGAGCCGGUUUCAGCGUCCCACUGUGCUCCCUGCGAUUGGGGCACAAUAAUGUUGACGGAUUUCUGAUCCAACCCAAGACAGUGCACUGUUCUUCCAAUAGCAGCUUUAAGUGAAAAGGCGUGCCUGCCUGCCUACCCCCCCUCCCCUCCACCACCACCCCUCAAAGUACUCGAUGUAUAGUUAAAAAAUGGGAGGGCACACUUAAACCGAGCUGCUCUAUGAAGGUAGGCUGCAGCGUGUGUUUAUUGAUGAGAUGAAAAGAAGAUGGAAGUGAGAAAUGAAACAAAGUAAAGGAACAUAUUAAAUCUAAAACUAUACGCGCUUCAUCGGGAGAAAACAGAGGGAGCCGUGGAAACGCUGUCGCCACUUUUUGAACGAGCUUCGAAGUGCAGAGCAACACAUGAUUUUGACAGAGAGGACUGACAGCAUUGCCUAGCACCGGCCUCUGAUCAGUCAUCUACACCAGCAAACUGAAGCCUCACCCGCAGACCUGCACCUCAUCACCAGCCACACAAGCAUCUUCGUAACAAAACAUCAUCUGACUGUGACAUCAGUUGCAAGGGGAUGACCGAGCGCAUUCAUAACAUCAACCUUCACAACUUCAGCAAUUCUGUACUUGAGACCCUCAAUGAGCAGCGCAACCGUGGGCACUUCUGUGACGUGACAGUUCGGAUCCAUGGAAGUAUGCUGCGAGCUCACCGGUGUGUGCUGGCUGCUGGAAGCCCCUUCUUUCAGGACAAGCUGCUUUUGGGCUACAGCGACAUUGAGAUCCCUUCUGUGGUCUCGGUGCAAUCCAUCCAAAAGCUGAUUGACUUUAUGUACAGUGGGAUUCUGCGGGUUUCUCAGUCAGAGGCCCUGCAGAUCCUUACUGCCGCCAGCAUCCUACAGAUCAAGACCGUCAUUGAUGAGUGUACACGCAUCGUAUCCCAGAAUGUGGGCCUGGCUGGUCCAGGGGGGUUCCCUGGUAUACCAGGAGACUCUGGUCAGGAUACUCCUCGUGGCACACCAGAAUCAGGCACCUCCGGGCCCAGCAGCGACGCAGAGUCAGGUUAUAUGCAACCAACAACACAGCAAAGUGUGGAGCGUACAUACACAUCACUGUAUACUUACCCUGGCCUCUCUCUGCCGAACGGCACCCGCGAGCGCCCCCUUUACAUUAGCCCUCUGUCGACUAAUUACGAUCCAGCUCUUAGCACUCAGAAGGACCAGCAAUCUCAAGACCCUCCCUGGAUAAACCGUCUCCAGGAGAGAUCUCAGCAGGGUGACCGCUUCUCCACAGUAGAGUCCACUCACUGCCGCAAGCAACCACGACCGGUACGCAUAAACCAAGGACAGACAGGAGGGAUGCACAUAAAGCAGGAGGCUGAAGAUGAGUACAACUGCUACGAUAAUCUGGGGGACUGCCAAGAUGAUGCUGACCAUACUGAGGGUGUGGAGAGUGAAUCCAAGGGUGAAAGUUUUGACUCAGGGGUGAGCUCCUCCAUUGGUACUGAGCCAGAUGCUAUGGAGCAGCAGCAGUACCUAACCAGCUUCAAAGGAGAGAUGCAAGGUGAAGGUGGUCCAGUGCAAAUAGAGGUCACUGACUCGUCUCCAGAGCAAGUGGCAGAGGAUGGGGACACAUCCCAGAGCACUAGUGACAGUAGCAUGAUGCACUCCCUGCCAAACUCAGUCAUGUCCCAAUCCCUGCCAAGUGCCCCACCCUACCUGCGCCCGGAAUCUCAAACCAGCAAUCUGAGGAUGCCGCUGCCCGGCAAUUCCCAAGUGAUGAGCACUGCUGGAAGCACCUUCCUGCCCGCAAUCUUCACUCCUCACUCACAUCCGCCUAGCAACAGCAAGCCUUUCCUUUACCUUCCUGGCCAGCAGCAAUCCCAGUUUGUGGCAGUACCGCCCCCUUCAAUGCCAUCAUUCCCAAACCCAAUGUCGGUACCGCAAUCGACAACUCAGCAGCAACAGGCUGCAGGAGGAAUUGGUCAGGGGGAAAAGAAGCCCUAUGAAUGCACUCUGUGCAGUAAAACCUUUACUGCUAAGCAGAACUACGUCAAACACAUGUUUGUCCAUACUGGUGAGAAGCCUCAUCAGUGCAGCAUCUGUUGGCGCUCGUUCUCCCUGAAGGAUUAUUUAAUCAAACACAUGGUGACACACACAGGGGUGCGAGCCUAUCAGUGCAGCAUCUGCAACAAGCGUUUUACCCAGAAGAGCUCUCUCAAUGUCCACAUGCGGCUGCACCGUGGAGAGAAGUCCUAUGAGUGCUACAUCUGCAAGAAGAAGUUCUCUCACAAAACCCUGCUGGAGAGGCACAUGGCCCUGCACAGCGCAGGCGGCGCCAUCAUAGGGAUGUCAGUGAACACCGGUACGGCAGGCCCAGUGUCCAUUCCCAUGCCUAUGUCUGUCCCUGAGCCUGGAGCUGGAGUGGUGGCCCUGGCCAUGCCAGUGAGCGGAGGUGCUGGAGUAGGGGCCGGAGUUGGAACAGGAGUGGGUGUAGCUGCAGAAGCGAGCUGCCAAGAAGGGACCACCUACGUGUGCUCCGUCUGCCCUGCCAAGUUCGAGCAAAUUGAGCACUUCAAUGACCACAUGCGAAUGCAUGUCUCCGAUGGAUAAGUACAAAUAGAUAAACUUCUUUCAAAAAGAAUGACAAAUAAAAUGGCACUAGAUUUUCCUUUUCUUAUUUUGAGGUAUGAAGAGUAAUGAGUAUAGACACUGGCACAUUAAGUUUCCCAAAAAAGAAAGUUUUUUUUCUGUUAUUCUAAAAGAAAAAAAAAGAUGGUGGCCUUAAGGCUUAGUAGUUUGAUAUUGAUCUACUGGAUGGAUCCUAACUACAGGCCUCUAAAUGUAUGCUUUCCUAAAAUACUGAUUUAUGUGUUGAACACUACCGAAAGGCCUACGAAAGAAACACAUACACACAAACACACCUUUAGUGUAGAUACGUUUGUGUAUUUGCAUGCGUCUGUUUGUUUGUGCAAAUGCGUAUGCAUGUGGUGUGUGCAUGUGGUGUGUAUGUGUGUGUGUGUGUGAGUGCGUGUGUGUGUGUGUGUAUGUGUGUGUGCAUGUGUGUGUCUGUGUGUACAUGAGUGUGUGUAUGUGGUGUGUGUGUGUGUGUGCGUGUGCGUGUGUAUGUGUGUGUGUGUGUGUGUGUGUGUGUGUGUGUGUGUGUGUGUGUACAUUGCCAUGAUACAUAAAUCAUGGCAGUUGUGAACCCAUACUGACCAGUUUGGAAACUAUAGAUGUCCAAGCUUACUGUGGUAUAAUUUACAACAACAAUAACAAAAAAAAAAAAAUCAUCUGGGGUGGGGCUACAUAUUCCCUCUAAAAAAUACUGAUGGUCACAAGAUUGCCUUCUUAUGUAAAAAUAAAAAGAGAGUAGUUAAUUUGACACUGGGUUUUAUUUAUUUCUAUGGUAUUAAGGGAUUAUAAUGCAGCUGUUGUCAAGGUACCAACUUCAAUCAUUUUCUGAAAUGUAUCUUCCCGUCCGUGGUGACGGUAUCAAAUAUUUCUCUUUUGUUUUCUAAUCGUUGUCCAUACAUUUUAAUGGGUAAGAUUACGUUUACUAAAUUAGGGUGUGUUGAUGAGACAGUAUUUGAGCAAAAAUAUGUUUCUUUUUUUCUGAAGUUUGGAGUUUAACUCAUUUGCAUACACUGCCACUAAUAUCUUUAAAGACUGUUAAGGCUAGUAGACCUCUUCCAUUUCAAAACAUAAGAAAAAAAGAAAGAUUCUUUUGCUGAUGUUUUUUAGCCUUUUAAAUUCACAGUUUUGGCAGGCUGGAAUAUGCGACUAAACUCUCUCCUUCAUGAUUGCUGCUCUUCAACUUGCACCUGACUGUUAUGGGUUGUAGAUUAAAAAAAAGAAAAGAAUUUGUCAUUGUCAAUAUUGUCGUUAUGGAGUAACCUGGUUUUAAUUUGAUAAUCUAAUUAUAUAGUACAUGAGGGAGUUUAGGCUACUUGUUGAUUGGAACAGUGUUAAAGAGGGAGGACUUUAAUUUGAAUCAAAUCUGAAUUGGGAGUAAAUACCAUCCUGAUCCGAGCAUUGCUGUAGAACCUGUUCAUUACUAUUGCAAAGCUAUUUUAGCAGGUGGGGGCUAAUUGCAUUGGCUUUGAUGCAUUGACUCUCCCUGAGGCAUGCAAUGUUUUGAAAGGAAAUACAUUCUCAAAGGAAAACAAGUAGCUCUGUUAUACCACAAGUUGUAGAGGGACUUUCUAGACAGUAGUAUACAUUCCUAAUUUUCUAAAACCUAGACACAGCAUGUACAGAAUAGAUUUGGAAGUUAGUGUGCAGAAGUUGUCAUCCAUGCAUCACAUCACUUAAGGUUCAUCUGUGAUAUUGAAAUCAUUUUGUUUUUUGCUUUUCAUCCAGAAUAGGACACACACACACACACACACAUACACACACACAUGCAACUGCCUGCAACUGCAAUCUGAAGGAUUUGCUCAUUUAUGUGAGCAAACACUUUCGUAGUUGUAUUGUUAAAGAAUUAACUAACUGCAUACAGUGGUCUUAAAAGACCUGUUGUAGAUUAAAAAAAAAACAAAAAGUGCUACUUUGCACAUUUUCUUAAAAUGCCUGUGCUUAAUAUUUAAUCAUUUUCCUUAAAUGAACUUCUAUGAUUUUCUUUUAUUCAAUUUCAAAGGAAAAAAAAAAAUUUUUUUUAAAUCUUGAUAAGUGGACUGCAUUAUUUUCUUGCAUAUAUGUUGCACUGCUUAAACCAAUAAGUGCACUACUGUUAACAGAGAUAUUAUAGUUUUAGUAAAGAGGAUUUUUUUUUUCAAUCUAACAUUUGGUUGUAGAGUUCACUUGUAAUAGAAUAGCCUUGUUUCAAUUUAUUCAUUAAGUAAUUCAGCAGUUCUUGGCUUUCUGUUAUUGCUUGCAGUUACCUACAGUAUAUACUUGUGUCGUGUUAAUGCAAGCAGUUAUUUUUAUUUAAAUCUGUACCAUUAUGUGUGCUCAUCGAUGUUUAAACCUUUGAAUCAAUUGUUUUAUGGAGUCAGUUCCCUAUAACAGUUAUUGGAUUGCAUAUUUUAGAAACAGAAUUUUCCUUUUCUUUGAGAACAUCCAAGCCAAACAACAGUAACAGCGAAAAACAAUAAUAAUAAACUCCCAUCCAACUCAGUUGGUGGAGGGAUAAUAAUAGCUAUUAUUAUAUUAAUAAUAAUACAUUUAUAGUGUGUGUGUGUGUAACAUAAAUGAUUUGUGUGUCCUAGAACAACUUUCUGUGGGAUUAAGGGUGUCGCAAGGUGAUGGAAUGCAGCUUCUUUGAUAGAGUAUCUGUCACUUGUACACAGUUGUGUCCUUUCCUUAGUGUUUGUAUGUCUGUGAGUGUCUGUGUGUGGUUUAGAGCCUAAUCAAACUGUUGAUAAGUGAUAUAUCUGAACUGUAGGGCUUCCUUUGCAAUAUGCAGCGCAGGUACUAUGAGAAGCAGCUCUCCAAACCUUUUGGGCUAAUAAGGCACCUGUAACAGUUGUUCAGAUGUCAAGCAUUGUUGACUUCACUGAUCCAGUUUGGAGAAGUUAUGUCAAGGAGUUUGAUGCUAAAUUUGAAUUGCUACUAGAUUUCAGAUCCCUGUGCAGUCAGUUGAAAUGAAGUCAAGUAAUGUACAAUGUUUUAGAUGAUUUGGAGAAAUUCCGCUCUCUGGUUUCUCCUCACCCGGACAAGAAAAUAUAGAACUGUACUGAAAAAGUGUGAGGUUAGUCCUCACUAAAAGUAGCACAUUAUUUAACAUUUGAUUGGGCCUGUCUCCUAUGGUGUGCAUAUAAGCCUAAACUGUAUGGUUCCUGUUUGUAGCUGUUGUUGCCAGGAUGGCAAUAUUGCUGCAUGCUAGUGCUAUAUUUGUCUCUACACAGCACGUGGAGGUAAUCUCUUGCCUUAACAGACAAUGCACUAAAUAGAAUAUGUAAGCAACUGCCGAGAUCUCUUUCCAACAGUAUUGCCACAUGUGCGGCACACAGCUCAUGAUGUUGGUGUUUGUUGUCUGUUCAGUACCAAGUGAAACACUGCCAAACUAACAUCAUCACUUCUUUAAACGCAAAGGCAGAGACAUGAAUUGAAUUGUUUCAGUGUAAUGUAUGUAUUCAGUAAUCUAGCAUUCCUUCAUGGCACCUAAAUUUUUUGCAUAUUUUGUGUAAACACAUAUAUCAAAUGCACUAUUGACUGUAGCUAGAUGAGUACAACCAGCUUUGUGGUAUCAUUGGUCUAAAUAGUAGGUUAAGUAGCUCGAUGUUGGUUUUGAAAUAUUUGAUUUCAGAUUUACACUAUCAAUUGUUUCUCUAUAAUUUUUUUUUGGAAUAUCAAAAGUAGCCAAUCUCAACGUUAUCUGGAUGAGGGCUAAUAACUCGUCCCAUCGUCAGUUGACUUCUUGUAUCAUAAUGGUGUUUGAUAGCAGACAGGCUUUGAAAGGGGAAGAACCUUCUCUCCAGUGUGUCAUAAACGUGCUAUAGCAUACCCAGGCCUUUUUCCCUCCCCUGUUGCAUUAGCAUCACACGCUCUUCACUGUCCAUAGUUAUAUAUUCCUUAUACUGCUUCAGCUACUUGUGGUGGUGCUUAAUUCUCUUUUGUCAGUGUUGCAAAAAGUUGGUUAAAAAUGGUUAAAAACUUGCAACAUUAUCCAGAAAAUAAGUCCUAAUCUCAAUCGUGCUUCUUCUAGCUGUUAGUUUGAAAAAAAAAAAAAAGUAUAGACUUUAUGUUUGCAAAGUGUACGCAUAUUUUCCAGAACAAAACAUAUUGAGACGUAGAUAAUAGCCUUGAGCCUGCAGCUGUUUGUAUUGUGUUUCAAAUAUAUUACUGUUCAUGUUUUGUUUAUCUUAGUGUAGAAACACAGGGUCUACAGUACAUUGUUGUCCUUCUUGCAGUAUGUUUAAUUCAUCAUUAUAAUCUUUGGUUUCAGACUCCUGCUUUUUUUUUUCUGGUGAUCAUAGUGGUGUUGUUUAUACAUACAUAGCUUCACACAACUGGAUAAAGGAUAGUCAGUUAUUGAGUAAUAUUUCACAGUGUACUAUAUAUGCAUAUAUGCUUUACAUUGAGAUGAAAACAAGGAAAUGGAAAAUAGUAAUGGUGAGGGUCAUGUUGAGUAAGGAACAGGUUCAUUUUAUUCUGAUAAGCAUGUGUCUGUCUUCCUGUUUGUCUUUCACUCUGUCUCCAUACAUACAUUCAGAUUUUUUAUUUAAGCAUGAGUAAAGUCACAAAGCUAAGAAUAGAAUACAGAAAACACAUGAAACCAUUCAGAUUAACUGCAUUUUUGUCCUUCUACAGUACACAUAAGAGUGAAAUAAAUAACUUCUUACAAAUAUACUAUAUAUAUAAGAAUCUCCAUCUCCACACAGAGAAAGAAUACAUUUUCAGAUAGUUUGAUAAAGACAUAAUUGCAGCUAGAGUAUACAAUACCUUUUGGGAUAUAGGGAAUAUGCCUAUCAAGUGCCUAUCAAUACAUACAGCAACUAUACAGAAUAUUCAUAGUUUUUCUCUCCUACAUUGCACAGAUACAGUAUAUACACAGUGGUCUAUUGAAAAUAUACUAUUUAUACUAUUACUGCUGAAACCUGCUGGUUGUGAGUGCAUCCUAAGAGAACCCUUUAAAAUACCUGAGAUGUUAUAUUCAUACACAGCAAAUACAUCUGCAAGUUUUAUUUUUAUUUUACAUGUAUACGGUGUGGGGGAUUCAAAGAUCUCAAAUACAGUGUUAAAAACAGCUGAAAUAAAUACGUAAAAACAGAUUUUAAUCCUAAAUUACUGCAGAUGAGAAUUGAGAAAAAGACCGUUUUUUUCACACCGCUCUGCCUUGUUUUACGAAUGCCGUUUUUUAAUUUCAGUUUCUGCCGUUUGCAAACAAGCCAUAUACUGUACUGUACUGUAUGUUUGGAGGAAAAAGGGCAAAUGGCACUUCACUUUAUACACAGCAGAGGGAGCCACACAUCAACUGAAAGAACUGACGUUUACACACUGCCUGGCAAGCUGUAACCCAACAAAGACAAACGCCAGCGCCGAGUCAAAGCUUCAGAUAUUUUGGGAUAUUGUUGGAUAAAUAUUUCCAUACUAGAAUAGAGUUAUAUCUAUCACAUGGCAGCAGUUUGCAUGGCAACAAAAGAUGUGAGCACCUCCACUGAUGUUAUAAAGUGAGAAAAAAAAGGCCGUCAGCUGCAUUAAUAGUUCCAAAGUGCACUGUGUGUCCUUUGACCUUGUUGACAGGCCCUUCCACAUGCAAGCCAAUGCCCACUUCCCCCACAAAGAUCAUGAAAGUUUCAUAUUAUGACAACCUUAUUGUUUACGUACAGCUUGGAAUUGUAAAAGGCAAGCAGUGAGCAAUGUGAAAAAAACCGGUCAUUAAAAAUUAGACUGACGUUACAUCUAAUUUCUAGCAUUUAUUUGGAAGAAAAGACUCAAAAUGAGAUUCCAAACUGAAAGAUUUGGCCACAGAUAAACACUCCACACACAGAAAUCUUUCACAAAGACUGAUUUUUUUUUUCCUACUGUAAAUGACUGGUUGGGGUACAUGAAAGCAGAACUAAAAGAAAAUGUGGUAGAAGUAAAACCAUAACCCAAGUUUUAGGACUGAGAUGACUGAGUGGCUGCGAGAUAAAAAGAUUUGGGAUGGCUUAUUAAACCAUCCCCUGUGGACUAAUUACCACAGUUUUCUCUUUCACCUUCUCCAGCCUCAUUUUUGUGCCAAAUUGGGCAAAAAAGAAAAAAAAGAAUUAGACUUAUUUAAUUAAACCAUUUGAAAACGAACCGAACUGAGCAGGAAAAAAAAAAAAAAUCCAAAUAAAGAAAUUACCUAUUACAAUGCAAACACAAUCUUUUUUAAAUAAGUACACAUUGUACCAAAUAAGAAGUGAUUAUUUUGAGUCUUUAAAUCCUCCACAAUUCAUAGUUUUCAACCAAGUAAAUAGGAGAAAACAGCUAUGAUUAACAAAUACACUUUUUUGACAAUUUAGUUUCAUAGACAUUAUAAUGUUAAAUGAAGCAUUGAUAAUAUAGGCAAUGUGAUAUAGCUAGUCCCUGUCAUCCAACUAUCACACACACAAACAGCAUCUGCAAAGAUUUUACUCUCAAACAUGCAGAUUCUAGUUCAAUUUUGAGCUUUACACACUGUUUUCAAAGUACUCCACAGCUCAACUAAGCUAUAACGACAUCCAUGGUAUAUUCACGAUGAUGCUUUCUCCUAACAUGCAGUUCAUACACUACCUUGAUGGAGUUUUUGACCAUCAGGUAACUACCAUCUGUCAGUCCAAAUGAAGCAUGCAGUCAUGUCUACACAGCUUUUAUUUCUGUAGGGGAGUACUUUGUUUUUUUGAUGGAGCACAAACUGUAUUUUCAGUGUCCCUCGAUAAUGGGCGUUUUUUUGUCACAUCGAUGGAGAGACUUAGACGUAAUUUAGCCUCUGAAGACUAAACACUUAGCCUCUUUGUGUUCUCUGUCACUGUAGUCUUCUUGGCUCAGUCCAGCUCUAUGAAAAGAUUUUUUUUUUUUUUUUAAUAUGUGCAGCGUAUCUGAAACAUGCAUUCCUGUCAAGUCCAGAACAUUCCAACUCCUAGUCUGGCAGUUAUUUUCCACACUUAACUAAAUAUUAAGGAGGAUUUCCAGCACUUAAUCAUUUUACAAAUCUGUUGGAUAUUUGAUCGUGUAGUAGCAGACAUUGCUUAUUACGUCAAAGUCUCGUUUACACAGUAAAAUGUAUAUUCCCCCUUAAAAAAAUCAUUUUUUUCAAUCUCAUCUCACUGUUGAUACAAUUUUGCCACGAGCUCACAAACCUCAUAAGCUCAGUUUCUGCUUGUGUGGACUGGUUCAAUAGACAACAUGCACUAUUCUUUCACUCUCUACGUACUGUAGGUCUCUCCUUUUUUAAUGCAGAGACAGAAAAAAAAAAAACACCAACAAAAAUAGCAAAAUAUGUUGGUCUGACAUGAUGGAUUGCAGACUAAGAAACUUAGCACUAUGAUGUUCCUAAAAGGGGAUGGUGGCAGUAAUAGUACAAUGGGGCCAUGCUAAUCAUUAGAAAUCGAGUGGACAAAAACUGUAUUAGACAAUGUUUAUUUUCACAAACCAAAGAAGGGUUGAAGAUAAUUUAAGUUUUAUGGAGAAAAUUAUUUUUUCUUUGUGUGUGGGGUUCCUACAACCGGGCUCGAAUGCUACAGUUCUUUUUUGGUUUUCUUUGUUUUUUUUUCUCAUGGCAGGGUGCUUGUGAAAAUGCAUCUAUGUUUUGUCACUUGAUCACUAUUCGUUGUUUAUAGUUUUGUGGUUGUGUUAAUUUGCCUAUUGUAGACCAAAAUAGUUUUUUUAUAAGAAAUGCAACAAAACAUAAAAAUGAAUCUGACACAGUAGCUGUGAUGUAAACUAUCGCAUGUCAAAACAUGUAUAUGUUGCAUUGUUCCUCUGAUGAAACAUAAUACUCAAUAUUCAUCGGUUGUGUUUUCUAUACACACAUUUUAGCAAAUCAGUGUGGACCUGUUCACCUUCGCUUUGGAUUAUAUCUACUUAGUUUGUCUGACUUUUUUUUGUUAUAGCAGUUUUCUUCAAAUAUUGAGUCUCUGAUAUUUUAAGACUGUCCCUAAAUCGCUAAUCUGACAUUGUGACUUCGAAUACAUUUAGCCAUUUAUACUUGAGAUGGACCAAGAUUUAAAGUUUGCACAUAUUUGUAGAUUGUUUAUGAAGCCAAAAAGAGGAAGACAGAAUAACGAUACACAACAUUUAAUCUAACAAAUUCAAAUAAAUCUAGCUGAGGUGCUCACAAUCUCAUGUUAAUGUUUAGUUCCCCCCAAAAAAAGCAGUGGUGCCAGCCAUCAAUCAAUCAUGAAUGAAUAAACAAAAAAUAAAAAUGUAAAAUGAAUUUAAUGUGGUCCAAAUAUGGGAUAUGUGAUCAUUUACAAAUAUAUUUUUGUAAUACCAACAUAUUACUCCUAAACUGAAUGUAAACUAUUAGGCAAAAUUGACAAUAUUUCUUGAUGUAAGAUUUUAGAUGAAUCUGCUGUAUAUUUUUUAUCCUUUUGUGCUCAGAAUAGGACAUUUGGUGAAUUUGGGCAAUGAGAUUACAGAUCAGAUAUUACAUGUGUCCCCAUAAAAAGCAGCUUAGGUUUUGUCAUUUGGCUUUCAGGCUUUUUGCUGCCAUAUCUUGUAUGUAGAUGCUUUUGUAAAGAAAAUGCACUUGAGUUGAAUUUUGAGAUGUGCUUAUAAAUAUGUGUAUAUUUUGUUAGGCUUUUAUUUUGCCUACAUUAGCUUGCUAUUUUAUUAUUUCCCUAAAAAAAUACUUCUCCUAUAUAGUAAUGAACUUGGCAGAAGUGGAGCUGUUGUAGUAAAGGUAGUUAACAUCACAACUAAGCAAACCCUGAAAUAUAUGCUGCAGUAAUGUGUUUUCAGUUUGUUUUUAAUAAUUUAUGCUCCAAGUUGGUUUGUAUUUUUAUUAUUAUUAUUGUUGUUGUUAUGAAACAAGCUUGUUUGAAAUGUAUUGACUGCUGUUUUGAAAUAUGUGCAAGGACGUUUUAUAAUAUGAUUUGUCAAACACUGGACUGGAGUGAGUUUUCCAACAUUUCCAAGUUGAGAGAUGUAUUUGACAGACAUAACUGCACAGAUGACACCCGUUAGCGCAGACAUGAGCUGACAGACGAAACACAUCCUCCCAGCUGUACAUGGGAGGGUGACAAACCAGGCCGCCACUCUCCCAUCCCAAAAAAAAAAAAAAAAAAAAAAAAAAAAAUCAUAUCGUCAUGUAGAUGGAAGACGCUUACUUUGUGCUGGUUAUUGCAUUCACUGGGUGGUGGGUUACACAUAAUAGGGAAUAUUUGUUAGGUUGUCCUUCCAAAUUCUUUCAUGGCAUAUACAGAUUUAUUUUUUACUUCUGUAUUUCAGAAAAAAAAAACUUAUAAAGGGAUACCACUUGACAGCAAUCCACACAAAAUCACCUAAUAUUUUCUUGCUAUUGUAAUGCAUUUAUUGCAGUCGAGUCUCAUCAUACUAACCGCCACUUCUCAAACCAGAAAAGAAAUUUGCACUAGACUUAUUUUGGUCUUCUUCUAUCAAAAGCAAUAUAAUUCACUCAAAACAUAGUACCAUAGUAUCUGAUGGUUGUCUGCCCACAGUGGGAAUGCUGAGUAAAUGGUGAUAUUUGAUUUGAUUUGACUAUUCUUGUUUCGUUUUGUUUCGAAAGGUACAGAAUUGGUCACAUUUCUAAAUGCACAUGACAUCCACGUGUUGUUGUUUGUAGCAGUUUUUCUUUUCUUUUUUCUCUUUCUUCUUCUUUUUUUUUUUUUUUUUAAUUAUUUUCCAGCAGUUUCCCGAGUAUUAGUGUCCAGAUUUGAGGGGCAUUAAAACUGUUGUUUCCUCCUGUGAUUGUUUUGGACAAAUCAAGCAGCUCUUGCAAAUCCGAAGUGAGAGAUGGGAUGUAUGAGGGAAGAGAUCAUUUCCCAUGAGUCAGAUGUCAAUUGUCUCCAUCACACAGCCGCUGAUUAAUGACCACAUCAACAACGUCCUUUUAAAGAUAAACUCAAAUACCAAAAGACUAACCCAGCUGUCCACUGUUGCGCACGCCUCUCCCUUAAAAACACUCGUCUUAUAUCUCUGCAUAUUUGGUCACUUUGAGUGCUUUUUCCUGGGAUGUUACAAAAAAAAAUGCUUUAAAGUGAAACAAUAAUGACACACUUGUAAGACAAAAAAAAAAAAAAAUCCAAAUGCACCUUUCUUAUCAUAUAAACACAGCAUCAUUGGCUACAUGUGUAGAGAAUUUGUGUCCACCAAAAUGUAUCAUACUUCAUCCUUUUCCAACGAGGUCACCCACAACACAAGUAACUAUUGACCUUGACGUCGUUAUUUUGUUGAUGGAUAAGUGUAAAUUUUUCAAUAAUUCACAAACAGCAAACUUCACCAUUUUAUCUGGAUGUAGUAGCUUUCCUGUUUUCACCGCUUUGUGGUGUUGUUGAAAGAUGUUGCGGUUUGUCUAAAUAUGUUGCGUGUUAGAGGAAGCAUAAGUAUGUGCCUUCUUGUAAUCUCCUUGGUGAGCUUGUUAUUAUUGAGAAGCUGAAGCCAGCCAAUUGUGUUUGCACUAAAACCAAAUUGCUUUUGUGAUGUAGACUAUUUAAGCAAGCUUGUUGCGUCACUUUAACCGUACAGUAUGCAUGAGGGUGAAAUUGGUAAGUCUAGGGCUAGAGCUCUCAUCUGUUGACCUGUAAACCAGUGCAGCUUAGAGGAUCUUGUGAAUAUAUCUUGGCUUAGUUUCGCAUUCAGUUUUCAAUUCCAUCUCCUUAUUCAUCAAGUUUGUCACAAACGAUUUCAACAGUGCAAAAAAUAAAAAUAGAAAAAAAAAAAAAGUAAACAACACAUACCAUGAGUACAAUACAGCUUUUACUUUCACAUGCCACAGUUAAGAGUAACACACCUGCAGUAGAGAUAUUCAUUUCUCUGAAUCCAUGGGAAUGCAUGAGUAUACGAGGUCGCCUCAAGACUAUUGGUCAAAUUAAUUUAGGUUGUUUUGAAAUCUUGUAAUUAUUACAUAUUUUGUUGACAACUAAGAAAAGCCUACAUGCUUUGAGUCUUACAAAUGCACCUUAUUCAUGUCAGUCCAUGUGGGGAAAGAAAAAAAAAAAAAAGGCUGG